UUUUCUUCUCUAGCAGCACUACGUGUACUCCAGAGCAUUCAAGAAGCUCUCUCUCUUUUUCUCUCUCUCUCUCACACACACAAAGAUCGUCGGUGGAUGGCAAAGACUAGAGGGCAACCUUUUCAAUCGGCGUUUACGCAUACCUGUCCUCCUUCCACCACCGCAUAUCUUCAUUCUUCUCCUCCUUAUGUAUGUCAAUUUGACAGCAUAACAUAAACUCUUGUUUUCAAAAAAGGGGGAAACAUACAGCCAAAAUCCUAAAACCUUGAACUUGGUCCCUUCGUGAAUCUUCCUGAUGUCUCAGACUACUACUACUACAACAACAGUGCGUGAGCUUCUUCCAGAAGACGUCGUGGAAGACAUCCUGGGUCAUCUCCCAGUGAAAUCCUCAACCCGAUUCAGGGGCGUUUCGAAAUCUUGUGACUCCAUCAUCACUGACACCACUUUCAUUACCAGACACUUCAAGCUCAACCUUAACCAAUCAGAAUCAUUGAUAUCCACAAACACUCACAGUGGGUAUUUGCUAUAUACUACAAAGGAUGAGAAUAGUUCACCAUCUUCUAAACAAUUGUGUACGGCUGUUUGCAACAACGACCGCACAUUGACCCAGGUUUCUAGCUUUGAAAUCCCCGCUUUUUUUGACGAAUGCAAAAUAAUUGGUUUCUGUAAUGGCUUGCUCUGCCUAGCUAGUGAUGAGAAAGAACUUUGUCACAUUAUUUAUCUGUGGAACCCAAGUAUUAGAAUGUUUAAGAAGCUUCUAGCUACUCCCUUAACUGACGAGGAUACCAUCUCCGUUAUUGGACUUGCUUAUAAUUCUCAAAAUAAUGACUUCAAGAUUCUGAGACUGCUGUCAGUUUUUUUGGGAACAGAGGCCGAGGCCGAGAUUUACAGUUUGAGUACAGAUUCCUGGAGAAAGGUUGUAAUAUCGAUGGAGAUCUUAGGAGGGUAUGAACCCAACUUUGGAACUAUUGAUAUUUAUCCACCCUGUAUAUUUUUUAAUGGAGCUUUGCACUCUGUAGCAGCCAGUAGUCACCACGUUUUCAUUCUGUCCUUUAACGUCAAUGAUGAGAGUUUCCGUGAGAUAAAGUGGCCUCCUACUUUCUUGUAUUGUGUGCCUGGAUAUUUCACUGAACUUGCAUUGUUCAAGGGAUCCCUGGCUGUUUUCAUUUACGGAAAUAAUCAUCAGGGUGUCUUAUGCCACAUAUGGGUUAUGGAGGAGUAUGGUGUGGCCGAAUCUUGGACCAGAAAAUAUAUGGUACAAAUGGAUUGGUUUUGGGAUGGUCAUUUCUUUGGCUUUGCUGAUAAUGGUGAACUUUUGAUUAAGAAUGCCUUGGGGCUGGUUUCAAUUGACCUUGAGAGUCAAAAUCGGAACAUUCUUGCAAUUGAAGGUGCUGAUUGGGUGGGUUCCACAACUAAUUCGAUGGAGAGCUUGAUUUUACUCGAUGGUGAGUAGCAAGGAAGAUGGUUUAAGCACCUGCAAAACAAGCAGAAUAAAUUUUGUUGAUCUAGCUGGUUCAGAGAAACAAAAGUUAACUGGUGCAGCAGGGCCUCGUUUAAAGCUAACUAGGAAUAUUAGUAGAUCCCUUUCACAGCUUUGGUAUGGUGAAACAUAUCUUCUUUAUUGUCUUUAACGUGAAGGUGCAUUUUUCUUAUAGCUUACCAGUUGGUCAAUAUUGCUGUAUGGACAAAUCUGCCAAAAAUAUAUAUGAGCAAUUAGGUUUAA